AUGGCGGGGACCGGUCCGCGAGUUGCGAAACGAUCUUUGAAUGCGCAGAAGAUCAAGUGUUCUGGAUCCCAACCUUGCGAUGGCUGCAAUAAGCGCAAGCUUACCUGCAUCUUUGAUGAUCGUGAUCAGAAGAUUCUAGUCACCAGAGGGUAUAUCGAUGAAUUGCUGCAGAAGAUUGCCUCUUUCCAACGAAGCGACCGUGUGAAUCCUAGUCCUCUAAGUCCGGAGUAUGCAGAGGAUAGAUCCCCCGUUAGUUUCAUACCCUGGCUCCUUGAGAUCGCUUGUCCUGCUAAUGUUGAUGAUAUUGCCAAGUCUUCACCCAACGACCACGAAGACCUCCACCAUGAGCUGGAGGAUCCUGCAUCGGGACUAACGAAUCCUCUCUCCACUGGACCUCCCGCAUUCAUGUCCGCAGAGAAUGGAAGAACAUUUUACCUAGGAACCUCCUCCAACUGGUCCUUUACCCGCCGAGUCCUCAGCCUAACGCAUGAACACAUCUAUCAAGAAGCUCUCCCAACAGGAGCUUUGCUAUUUGAUGGUACAACCUAUGACCUCGGCUGGGACGGCUUGCGCAGGCCUCAUGAUCCAGAGAUUCCUGCCGUCCCCACCUUCGACCACGCACUCUACCUGAUAAAUGUCGUCAAGUUUCGCUGCGGACAGCUCUACCAUCUCUUCGAUGAAAAUGACUUUAUGAGCAAUUUGCACGAGUUUUACUCGGGACCCCAGCCGAAUGCUACGGCAGGGCUGUGGUAUAUCCACUUCCUUUUGAUCCUGGCCUUUGGCAAAGGCUUCGUUCAGCAUAAAUCGCAGGGCAGUAAACCAGCUGGCGCAGAAUACUUUGUAAAAGCACUUCAAUUACUUCCCGAUGUUAGCGUCCUUCACCAAGAGCCCAUCGAGUCGACAGAGAUCUUGUGCUGCGUGGCGUUGUACCUGCAAGCAUUGGACUAUCGUUCUUCCGCUCAUAACUACAUUGGACAAGCCAUGAGAAUGGCUAUGGCCGAAGGUCUUCAUACUCAAAUGCCGAUCGAGUACCUCGGAGAAAGCUUUGUGCAAAGGUGUCGCAAGAUCUGGUGGACCGUAUACAUCAUGGAUCGUGAAAUGACUUCACUCAUGGGGUUACCUCAGUCUCUGAAUGACGAUCAUGUGAAUGCUCUUCUGCCCACAUUUCCAGGCGCCGGGCAGAAGACUGCUGGGAUCGGCAUGCAAAUCAAAAUGUCCCGAAUCAUUGCCGAAAUCAAUAGUACUGUCUAUGCGAUUGACGGCCGUUUGAACCGGAAUUUCCUGCUUCGAACUAAGACUGCCUUGGCAAGCGUUGCCCGUCUAGCCGAUGAACUGCAAGAUAGUUUCCCAUUACAGGCGGAGCGAUCGACAAAUGGAGUCUCCAGAACAUCCGCAUACCUUCACCUACUAUACCACCAGUGCAUCGUGCUUGCAACCCGACCACUUCUUUUCUGCUUCUUGAAGAUCCGCUUUGAAUCACCACAACAUUACACGGAUGCCUUGAACACUUCUCGCAACGUUCGAAACUUGAUCCAAAUGUGUAUGGAAUCUUCUCAGCAGAUCAUCAGUAUUCUGCGUAGCCUUCAAUCGGAAGGCUUACUUGAAACAUUCCUCUCCUUUGACCUUGAUUCCAUCUUCGUCUCAACCGUAGUCCUCCUCAUCGGACCCGCCAUCGACAUCCGCUGGAACUAUCCACUCUGGGUUGAUAAAGCAUACACAAUCUUCGAAGACAUCAUCGAAAACGGAAACCUGAUUGCCAAGUUUCGGCGCUCCGAGCUGCAGCUCUUAGAUGAGCUGCUAAGCUGUUUCCCUGAAGACCAGCCCAGGCGUCUCUCAGCACCGGUAUCCUACCCGAACAAUGUCCUCAACCAGUCACAUGGGGAUUUGGCAAACUCGUUCCCACCUUCUUCGCAUAUUAUCAGCCAUGAUUUGUUGUCUGAUCCUGGCGUUGGGAUGGGAGAUGAUAACGCUUUUACGAGCGGGUGGACGGCCGCGCAGAUUAUGGCUGUGGCGGAUAGUAUUGAGGGGAUUGAUACGGAGUGGAUGUCUAACGCGAUGAUCGAACAUAGUAUUUGGUAG